UAUGCUUUUUUAAUUAACCCUAAGCAUACUUUAUUUGUUUAGUUUUUCUCUCUUUGAACUUAUCAUGACCACCACUACUACUCUCGCCCAAGUCUACAGAGAACAUCCUAUCCACCUCCGCGACAUCAUUCCUUUGGAUUUCAACUCCAUCCGCUCAGUGCCCGACUCACAUGUGUGGCCAAUAUCAGAUGACUUCUCAUCCGAUCACCAGUUAAUGGUCCCGAUCAUAGAUCUUAAAGAUCCCAAUGCUGUAAAACUUGCAGGACAUGCUUGUGAGACAUGGGGUGUGUUCCAAGUUAUUAACCAUGGAAUUCAUUUGAAUCUUCUUGAAGAAGUGGAGUCGGAGGCUCGACGGCUGUUCUCUCUCCCUACUCAGACGAAGAUGAAGGCGUUACGCGAACCGGCAGGUGCCACUGGGUAUGGUCUAGCUCGGAUAUCCCCUUUUUUCCCAAAGUAUAUGUGGCAUGAAGGGUUCACCAUCAUGGAUUCACCGACUGAUCAUGCUAGGGCACUUUGGCCGACAGACAAUGCACGUUUUUGCGAUGUAAUUGAGAGAUAUCAGAAGCAAAUGAAAGUUCUGGCAGAGAAACUCACAGAUCUCAUCCUCGAGUCAUUGGCAAUCUUCCGAGAAGACCUAAACUGGGACGUAGGAUCACCUUCCACCGCCCUUCAGCUCAACUCCUACCCUCCAUGUCCGAACCCGAAUCGAGCCAUGGGUCUAGCCCCACACACCGACACAUCCUUCUUGACCAUUCUAUACCAAGGCUCCAUAAGUGGCCUCCAAAUCUUCAAACAAGGAGCUGGUUGGAUUUCGAUGCUACCCGUUACCGGUGCCCUGGUAGUGAACGUCGGCGACCUUUUGCAUAUUUUAACCAAUGCUCGGUUCCCUAGCGUGCUUCAUCGAGCUGUUUUGAACCAAGAGGGGUCUCACAGGGUAUCAGUGGCUUACUUCUACGGGUUACCCAUUGAAUGUAGUGUAUCGCCAUUGUUAAAGCUCUUAGAUUCAGGCGAAAAUCCUAGAUACCGACCUGUGACAGUGAAAGAAUAUGUGGACAUUAAGUCUAAGUAUUUCGAGGAACCACUUACUUCGAUUAGAAUUUAAUAUUAAAGUGACAUUUUCUUUAA